CAGCCUUCUUUCUCCUUGUAGUUCAGUUCUUUGCCUAAUAUGAAAGGCCACGCAGAAGCUCUGGACUUGCUUUCUGUGCUUGUCAAAAGUGCAUAGAUAGAAGACAGGGCUUCCCGGCUGGGAGGAGGGAGGAGAGCUGAAGAUUCCUGCCUGGUCUGGCUGAUCUAAACAGUCAAAGUGGGCAGCUGAGUGCUUGAAAGAGGAUUAUGCUCGCACUAGAAAUAAGCAAUCUGUGGUUCUCUGGUCAGCAAGUUCUGGGCAAUGAAGCCACUGCUGCUGGUGCAAAGAAUUCUGGGAUGUCUGACAGUGAAAUGGAUGGAAAGACUCACAUUCCAUCUCUACUUAAUGUCCUUUUGUCCAGAAAUCGAGUCAUGCAAAUGAGCUACUUGAAAAGUAAAGAACAAGGAUAUGGAAAACUAAGCUGUGAUGAAGACCUCGAAAUAAUUGUUGAUCAAAAGGAGGUAGUAGGUGUUACCUUGAAGAAAAAGUGGCACUGUCUUCAAAAAAGUGACCUGACCCUGGCUUUGGGAAAAGGCUCUAGGGCGGCAGAUAAGGCUGUUGCCAUGGUGAUGAAGGAGAUACCGAGGGAGGAGUCUGCUGAAGAAAAGCCCCUCCUUACUAUGACAUCACAGCUGGUGAAUGAGCAACAAGAAAGCAGGCCCCUCCUGAGUCCCUCCAUCGAUGACUUUCUCUGUGAAACCAAAUCGGAGGCAAUUGCAAGGCCAGUAACGUCCAAUACAGCUGUGUUGACCACUGGCUUAGAUCUCCUUGACCUGAGUGAACCAGUGUCUCAAACCCAAACCAAAGCUAAGAAGUUGGAGACUUCAUCAAAAACCUCAUCCCUCAAGAAAAAGGCUGAUGGAUCUGACCUCAUCAGUGCAGAUGCUGAGCAGAGAGGCCAGCCUCUCAGAGUCCCAGAGACUUCAUCCUUAGAUCUAGUAGACAUUCAAACUCAGCUGGAAAAAUGGGAUGAUGUUAAGUUUCAUGGGGAUCGAAACAGCAAGGGGCAUCCAAUGGCAGAGAGAAAAUCCUGCUCAUCCAGAACUGGAUCAAAAGAGCUCUUAUGGUCCUCAGAACACAGAUCUCAACCAGAGCUGAGUGGUGGGAAGAGCGCCCUCAACUCCGAGUCCACUUCAGAACUAGAAUUAGUGGCUCCAGCACAGGCUCGGCUGACCAAAGAACAUCGCUGGGGAAGUGCAUUACUUUCUAGAAACCACUCCUUGGAAGAGGAAUUUGAAAGGGCAAAAGCAGCAGUAGAGUCAGAUACAGAGUUUUGGGAUAAGAUGCAAGCAGAAUGGGAAGAAAUGGCCCGGAGAAACUGGAUUUCUGAGAACCAAGAAGCCCAGAACCAAGUUACAAUCUCAGCCAGUGAGAAGGGGUAUUACUUCCACACUGAAAACCCCUUCAAGGACUGGCCUGGAGCAUUUGAAGAAGGUUUAAAAAGGCUGAAGGAGGGAGACCUUCCAGUCACCAUCCUGUUCAUGGAGGCAGCGAUCCUUCAAGACCCUGGGGAUGCAGAGGCAUGGCAGUUUCUUGGGAUAACCCAGGCAGAGAACGAAAACGAACAAGCAGCCAUUGUCGCCCUCCAGAGGUGCUUAGAAUUGCAGCCCAACAACUUGAAAGCUUUGAUGGCCUUGGCUGUGAGUUACACAAACACUGGCCAUCAGCAAGAUGCCUGUGAAGCUCUGAAGAACUGGAUUAGACAAAACCCAAAGUAUAAAUACCUUGUGAAGAGCAAGAAAGGAUCUCCAGGCCUCACUCGGCGGAUGUCUAAGACUCCAGUUGACAGUUCUGUCCUGGAAGGAGUGAAAGAAUUAUACCUAGAAGCUGCCCAUCAAAAUGCAGACAUGAUUGACCCAGACCUACAGACAGGUCUGGGAGUACUGUUCCACCUGAGUGGAGAAUUUAACAGAGCAAUAGAUGCAUUUAAUGCUGCCUUAACUGUUCGGCCAGAGGACUAUUCAUUGUGGAACCGUCUUGGGGCGACCUUAGCAAAUGGUGACCGAAGUGAGGAAGCCGUGGAGGCCUACACACGAGCACUGGAGAUCCAGCCAGGCUUCAUCCGGUCCCGAUACAACCUGGGGAUUAGCUGUAUCAACCUGGGCGCCUACAGAGAAGCAGUCAGCAAUUUUCUCACUGCGCUCAGUUUGCAAAGAAAGAGCAGGAAUCAACAGCAAGUUCCUCAUCCUGCAAUCUCUGGGAACAUCUGGGCUGCCCUCAGAAUUGCAUUGUCACUGAUGGACCAACCAGAACUCUUCCAGGCAGCCAAUCUUGGUGACCUGGAUGUCCUCCUAAGAGCUUUCAACUUGGAUCCUUGAAGGAACAGAAAAAAUAAAGAAUAAUUACCCCCCUUCUGUGUUAUUAUACUAAGAAGUGAAAACCUGUUUUAUUAUGAAUUUCGAAAAGGAUAAAUCAGAUAUUCAAAAGGCCAUGGUCACAUAGCCCAAGGGAAUUGACUUCUACAAACAAUGCUCAGUCUGUUCAGAUCCAGAAGCACAAAUAGAGUCAAGGUGAGAUUUAAAAGAAGAACUGAGAGAUGCAAGACCAACCAAGAUAAAGUAACUGCGUGUACUCUUCCUAAGUUCCAGUGUAUUGCAAAACAUAUUCUUUGGGUUUUUUUCUCCAGUUGCAGCUAAUGGCACAUCUAAUGAAUCUGUUUAUAGGGCACAUGAAGAAAGCACUGUUUCUUUCUGAUCAGGGAAUUCAGACUGGAUCUAGACUGUCCCCAGAAAUUCUCCCUUUUACAAGCCUGAAAGUUUGGGCUAUCAGCGCAUGCACAUAUAUUACUCAACUAAAGACAGGCAUUGCUUAACCUGUUCCUGUUUUAACUUUUUCUGUGGCCCUUGUUUCCAGAGAGGGAGCUUUGCUGGAAAAGCAGUUUUUGCACUAGAAAUUUUUGCUGUUCCCAAACAAAACUUUUCUGGGAUUGUACAUACGCACUUUAAUAUCUUAUUUAUGCCUUGCUGGAGUUUUGUUUCGUUGCUCCAAUUUUUAACGUGGGGUAAAAGAUUUGAGAAUUCAGACUUGUUAGAUCAAUGGACCAAAUAAAAAAUUUCCUGAAAAUAGUUUUUCAUAGUGUAGGGUUUUGAGUGAGUGUUUUUCUUAAAGCAGACAUGACAUAGAGUAUAAAUAUGUCAAAUACAGAUCUUCACAUGCUUUCUGGUACUGUAUGGCUAUAAGAGGCAAAAUUCUGUCUCUUUGUGCAUUCUCUGCAGAGAGAAAUCUUGAUGAUCCCGGGGUUUCUACUGAGUUGGCUUAAGUGUCAUAUUUGACUGGCUUUCUAACUCCCCUGCACAAUAAUGUUUCUUUUAAAUUGUUACUACUUAAAUAAUAUUCCUUCAGAGUGAUAGUUUUUCCUAAAAAUGAUGUGUUUCCUUAGUUGCAUAAUGAUCUGCAGAGUUAGUUUUCUUGUGAGUGAUAGAAGAACAACAUACAUUUUUUACCUGAAACUCACCAAAUGUCAGUGGAUUCAAAGAUGCAUGCCCCUUUGGCUCUUAUUUCAAACAUUUAGCAAGUCACAGGAAUUUUCUAUUGGCAAUAGUGUUUCACUUUGCACUUAGUACUUCAGUAUUUUGUGCAUAUUUGGAGCUGAGUGAUUAUUUUGAAAGUAUAUUUUUCUCUUUUUUUAGUAUAUUUUUCAAAGAAUUAAAAAAAUGUUUGCAAAAAUCUAACCAAAAUAUCAUUUUACCCAGGUCUGGUUCUAGUAAGGUGUCCUAUCCUUCACCUCAUCUCCUUUCUUGCUCCUGAACCUUCCCCGAAAGUAGUCUGGUCCCAAUUUUUUGUUCAUGUUCUUUGGUGAAUAAUAAUAACUCACUAUACUCAUGGUGAUAGUUACCAAAAAAGAUAAAGUUUGGAUUAAAGCAGUUUAACUGACUGGGGAAUUCACUUCUGCUGACGGGGAAAUGUGCACACAGCUGAGAGACUGGACUCCAGGUGCAGGUAUGAAUCCUUCCCUCGGUUACCUUGGGGUUCCCAGGUGGUGAGGAGUCCUGAAGUUAACUCGGAAUCACAGGUUUAAAGCUUAGGUCCAUGACAACCUAUUCUAAUUUGCAAAGAUGAAGGGGUAAGGACACUGCAGUGAACACCAGGCUUUAGUAUUCACUGUCAAAGCUUCAGCUGACAGGACGACAGCUCCAGUCCAGCAACAGAAGGCAGAGGCUUGAAGGCAUUCAUCUUUGACAGGAGUAACAACAUUGUCCUGGCCUUCGUCUCUCUAUCAUCUGAGCAGAAAUGGGAAGAUCAGCAAUAUUUUCAAGAAUGACCUUGGUUAAAAUUUUAGAAAUUAGAAACUCAAUCUGGUAAGAAGUCUUGGGGCCAGCUUCCACCUGCCUUCUGGAAUAUUCCCAACAGGCCAGCAUCCACUCCCUGCCUGCUCAUGAUCUCUGCAUACUCCGUGACUGAUCAGUUUACUUGAGUCCAUCAGAGUCCAUUAAGAGCCUCUGAACAAAGGACUGAAAGCAAACUUUGAGGGUGUUUUGUUCGUAAUGGCAUUCUGUACUCGGGUCUAACUGAAUUUGCAAUGAUGAGAUGCUAUUUUCUCACCUUGCUAGCGAGUUGGGAGCGGAGGUACUGGGGAUUAAACUCACGGUCUCAUGCUUGCCAGGCAGGCACUUGUGCUGCUAAGCUAAACUCCCAGUGUUGCAAGCAAUAUUUGCAAGAGAUCAGUAACAAUUUAAAGUCAGAAACUAGUGUGAAUGUGGGAUAGUUUGGUAUUGGAAUUCAAAGUAACCUCAAAGUCCACAGAGUUACUCUAGAGGAAAGCUGACAAUUUUCCACUCCCACCAUUAUUUAGCAAUUUAUAGAAUGUGCAGUGGGACUUUCUGUAAUAGAUCUACUAUUAUUCAUUGGAACUAAGAUUUUAAGCCACACCUGUAAUCUAAGCUACUCAGGAUUCUGAGGCAGAAGGAUCGGAAGUUGGAGGUAAGCUACAGUAUCUUAGUGAGAUUGUUUCACAAUAAAAAUGAGUUUAAAGAGCUAAGAAAUAACUCAGUGAUAGGAUGCUUGUUAGCAAUUCCAAGGACCUAGGUUCAAACUCCAGUACCAAACAAAACAAUAGUAAUAACUAGGAUUUUUAUAGACUAUUAUCUGUCAGGAAGUCCAAAAUUACUGCCCAAGAAGAGUUGCAAUUUUCUAAGUGAAAAGUUUAUGAAAGUUUAUGAAUAUAGAGCAGCACCAAAAAUUAACAACAAAAUUUUAGAAUAUUCUUUGCCAUAUAUACUUUUUUUAAGUGUAUUCACUUUUGUUUGAAGUGCAUUUGAAAUCUUCAUGACUGGAAAUUGUCAUUUAAGUUAAAUGUUUCCAUUUAAAAGAAUAAUGUCCUUGGUUCUCUUCUGAAGCUCUUGGGAAGACUUUGAGUAUCUUUAUAAUUUUUCUUCUAUCAAUGAGUAACAGCCUGCCAACUCUUUAAGAUGGUACUCAUUUACUAGAAUGGCUGGUCAGUUAUACAUAGGUGAUCUUUAGGGACUGAUUUUGUCAGCAAAUUGAAUGGAAAUGCACACAAAGCCACUGCUGGUUCAAAAUGUAACUGUUUGUAGUAAGUAUCUUUAUAGGCUACUAUAACUCAACAGUGUGAAGAGACAGAGAUAGAGGAAGAGGAAGAGGAAAUGCAAAGGGUCCUCUUACUGGGCUGGUCUCGGUGAUGCUACAUUCUCCUCGCCUUCCCCAAGAUCACUACCAAUGACUCCUGAAAGAAAGGCACAUCUUGGCUACCAGGAAACUUUAACAAGGACACUGCAAGGUGUGACUUCUUAGCUAAUCUGGGUUUCUACCAGAGUGGCAAAUAAAUGAUACAGAAUGACAUCUGAGUGAUGGCUAGGAAUGUCCAGGACAGGCACACUUUCAGUUUAAUGACACUUUCUUUCAUAUUAAGACACUUUUGAUGUUGAAUCUUGGGCCCAUGUCUAAAUUCUUGAAUAGACUAAAACCUUACUGGUAUAUUCCUACACACAAGCAAGAUUUGAACACAGUGGUAACUAGUCCUACUCAGGCAUCCGAACUGCUUACUAUAAACUUUAUCUGUGAGCUCCUCAGGAUUAUAAAGAAAGCAAGAUGGUUAUUUUUGCGUCUCUUCCUCGUUUAUCCUUGAACAGUUGCACAAGGCUACAUUACACUUUCAGUCUUUAUGGGAAUGGUAUUAUUAUACUUUGAAAACCCCUAGAAGCAUUCUAGAGACAGGAUGCCCUAAGACUUAAUUGAUGUCCUAUCUUUUUGAAUCCUCUUCUUUUAGAAGUCAUUACACAGCUACAAUACUCAACCUCAACUUGGUAAAAGCAAUUUCAAAUUCUUUCCCUGUCUAAAUUUUACCGCACUAUUUCCCUGUCAUCUCAGUAUUUAUAGAACUGGUUAAAAUUAACUGUUUUGAAAUAAGAAGUAGAUACAAAUAUAUUUUUAAAGAGUGUUCAUAGAUGAACUCUGGAAUAAAGUUUGUAAGCAGGCAAUUUUUUUAAAGGAAAACAUGUAACCUCAGGUAUAAACAUAUUGCAUGCAUUAGUACUUACAAAUCUGCCUAUUCAAAUAUUAACCAAAGCAUGCAAGAUAACCUUACUGAAUGUAAACUUACACAGUGCAUGAUUGAGUCUCACAGGUUAGUUUACUUUUCCUUGUUUCUGAACGAGAGAAUUUUCUGAACACUUGUGUUCCAGUUUUGUUACCUGCUUUUAUUAUCCUAUCCUUGAGAUAGUUUUCAUGCUGUCACACUGAAUUUGACAGAUGUUCACAUUUCUGAUUUGUGAAGUGUUGCAGACAGUGCCAAACUAAUCCCCUAAAGGCCCCAGGUAUAGCCAUCCAAAUGCUUUUCUUAAAAACCAACUGAGUCACAACAGAUCCAAGUUGAAACAGAUCUGCAUGUCAGAAUGAUAUUAAACUAAAUCAUGCUCAUUAUGUCAGCAUAUAAAAAUUUGACCUCUAAAUUCUUUAUAAUACAAGUUACAACUCCUCUACUAAGAUGGGGAGGUUAAUGUCAAACACACAGAAAUCAUCAUAAGGCAAAGUAGACAUGGGUGAUAAUUUUUGUAAAUGUUACCGAGGGAUGACAGAGUGUCACAUGGGCUAUGUAGGAUAUCAUAGCAUUGUUUUGAUACAAUCUUGUUUGUAUGGCAAGUGAGCUACCUGGGUCCCUGUCCCUUGAGAAACUAGAUUUGAUCAAUAUGUCUACAGACUAACAUUUAGGAGUGAUGAGAUGAUUUUAUGAUCACUUGAAAUCAACUCUGAAAUUGUCAAUGAUUUUUCUGUAAUCCCUAUUAGAUGAGACCAGAAAUGGAGAGAUUAAAAUUGGGUAAAACAUUGGGGUGCUAUGUUGGUCAUGGCUUCAUUAUCCAUUUCAUAUGCUCCUACAUAUCACACACACACAGAGUAAACUCAAAUAUCAAACCCCAUCAACAUACUAAAGAGCCUUGUGUAAUGGAAUCAAGCAGUAUAGUGGAGAAAGAGUGGAAAUGUGAGGCUUAACAACCUCUGCUGUGGCAUUUUUAGCUUGCACACUUUCUGCUACCUGCAACCUCUGCAGAAAUACCAAAAUAACACACUCUGUAAGCAAGUGUGCCAAUCUAGGGAGUGUUUUCUCAAGAACUUCUCUAGUGUUGCAGACUAUAAUUCAGUGGGUGCUUUCAGAGAAACUGCAAUGAAAACAACAUGAAAAUGAAAAAAGACCAAUAAAACCACUCAGCUCAAGAGUAACACGUGUGUAGUUUGCUUUUGGUGUUGGUUUUUCCUUGAAUUGAACUGAAUUUGAAUUCUUGGAGACAGAAACAAUGUGACACAAAAAUGACUAAGGAUUGUACACACUCAACCAGGUAAUUUGAGCAUCUGACAUUUUCGCUGACACAUAUAGUAUUUUUGCAUGGAUAGCAUGAAAGGAUUGUGUUCAUAAUGACCAUGUUACCAGUAGUGAAAGGAAAAACAACAAACUGAAAUUUUUAUCAAAUUCUUUUAUUUUCUCCCAUAUCCAUCCAAACCAUCACAUCCAAACCCUCUUCAAUUUUCAUUUCUCAAGUUUGUUUACAUCUGUUGAAAUAACCUGAUUAAUUUAGUAAACUUUUUUACAAAAUGAACAUUUACUAUUUAGAAAAGACAUUUCUAUAUAUUUUGUAUAUCUAUGAAUAUUGCAUAUCUAGUCUAAUCUAAAGAUUUUGUUUUAACACAAAUUCUGUGAUGCUUCCUCAUCAUGCUCGAUGUUUCAAAUCGUGAGAUCUCAUUUUCAGGCUGAAAUAGGUAACACAGAAAGAAAGUUACAUGUUUUAUUGAGUUUCUAAAUUAAUACCAAUUGAAAUUAAGUGACCUAUAGUAAAUUAACGGCAAGGGGGGAUUUAAAAGUUAUUGGCAUACUAUAUGAUAUUGUAUCUGUGAUUUAGUGAAAUAAUAUGCAUCAUAACACAAAUUUGUUGGAUAUCAUGGCUUCAUCUUAGUCUUUCCUUGCAUUGCUUUUUGAAACAAAAAUUAAUACUAUAAAAAUAACCUCACCAUACUGGAUGUGUUUAAUUUACUCAGAUGGCUUAAAAUUUGCAAAGUACCAAGAUUAAGGUAGUAUUUUUAUACUAUUAUUGGAAGCAUGCCUUCCCUUUUACACAUUAUUAAAUUGUAUUUAUAUUUGUGCUGUUUUAAACUAUGUUUUCAAAUAAACUUUGUCUGUGGCUUCCAGGUCUUUUGAAUAUUUUUCAAAAUGGGAUUUGAGGAUCUCAGCUGCUUCAAAUCAAAUAGAAUACAAUGUAUACUACUGGUUAAAAGGUCCUUUCAUUGAAUAUCAUUGCAUAUGAUUUUGCAUGAGUUAUCUGGAAAUCAAGAAUGCAUUUUUAGAUAUAUAAAAAACUUUAAGCCAUCCAUUGUGAAUUUUUUAACACUAAAAUAUUAUUUAACCUGAACCUGAAAUUUGUGAUCUUUUUAGAAUAAAACUAUUAAAAUAUAUUUCACUUCAGGAUCUUUCUUUGGGGGAAAUAAAUAUUUGAGCACUAUUUGAGCAAGCACUAUUCUAGAUGUGCAACAGUGAUAAAUAAAAUCAAACCUAUGCUUGAAAAAUAUGGA